AGGAAAAACCCAGAGAGUGGCAGGGAGGUCUGGUUAGAACAGGUCUCUUUCUCAAAGGGCAGCUUCCCAGCUGAGGCCUACAGGAGAUAGGAAAGCAGUGUUGGAAGUGAGGAGGCAGUGAGGGAAGACAGAGCUAGGAGAGCAGGCAGCCUACAGGACCUUGAGGAUUAGAAUAAGGCCAGCCGCAGGUGCAUGGAGCUCUUCUGAGAGCCGAGUAGGGAGGAGGAGGAGGCAGAUUUUAAGGAGAGCCCCUGUGUGGCUGGAAGCUCUGGGGGGGCUGAACAUGGAAUCUCAGAGCCCAGAGCACCAGGGUGAGGACAAGAUAGGGCACAAGCCAAUGACAUCCUAGCAUAAUAGAGGGAGGGAAACCAGGACAGUUUCCUGCAAGAAACAAUAUCCCCACCAGUCCUUAAGGAUGCAGGUUUUGGAAGCAUGGGGAAGGGGUUCAGGAAGAAGCAUGGAUGGACUAUCCAGGGCUACAACUGCUCAGUGAUGGGUGGAGCUUAGCACUAGAGACAGGCACUGAGGAAGUCCCCAAAGCCAGUGGCCUCACGUAAGCCCAGCACCCAAGCGUGACACUUCCUCAACUGCUGUGCAGCUGGGAAGUGGGUGAGAAGAAGUGUGGAGCCAGGCAGCUCAGAGUCUCAAGGAGGUACUUCAAGGAGGGUCCAGAGAAGCUGGGGAGGGAGGGACCUCCUCAAAGGGUGCUCCCGAGGACACCCCGAGCUUUCAGGAAGCUCCCAGAUGCACAUAGGAGGAAGUGAGAGGUGAACUCAGCCUCAGCCUGGCUGGGCAAGGCCUUCAUCUAUCUGCUUUCCUGACUACUGACAGCCAUGGCCCUGGCCCAGCAGCUGCGAUCAGAGAGCGAUUUUGAGCAGCUUCCAGAUGAUGUGGCCAUCUCAGCCAACAUCGCUGACAUCGAGGAGAAGAGGGGCUUCACCAGCCACUUUGGUGGUUGCUGACACAUGCUGGAUAGAAUGUAGGGCGCUCCUGAACACAUCCAAAAGCAUGGGACACCCCGGUGAAGGCUUACCCUACUCAGCGUGCACCGUGUUUGUCAUCGAGGUAAAGACAAAAGGAGGAUCCAAGUAUCUCAUCUACCGCCGAUAUCGCCAGUUCUACGCCCUGCAGAGCAAGCUGGAGGAGCGGUUUGGACCAGAGAGCAAGAACAGCCCAUUCACCUGCAGCCUGCCCACACUGCCAGCCAAAGUCUACAUGGGUGUCAAACAAGAGAUUGCUGAGACUCGGAUCCCGGCCCUCAAUGCCUACAUGAAGAACCUCCUGAGCCUGCCGGUCUGCGUGCUGAUGGACCCCGACGUCAGAAUAUUCUUCUAUCAGUCUGCUUACGACGCAGAGCAGGUGCCUCAGGCACUUCGUAGGCUCCGACCGCGCACGCGCAAAAUCAAGGGCGUGACUCCACAAGGGCCCAGCAUGGACCGCAUGGAAGCUCCAAGAGCAGAGGCCUUGUUUGACUUCACUGGGAACAGCAAACUGGAGCUAAGUUUCAAAGCUGGAGAUGUGAUCUUCCUUCUCAGUAAGAUCAACAAAGACUGGUUGGAGGGCACAACCCAGGGAGCCACAGGCAUCUUCCCAGGGUCUUUCGUGAAGAUCCUCAAGGACUUCCCCGAAGACGAGGACACUACCAACUGGCUGCGAUGCUACUUCUACGAAGACACAGGCAAAACCAUCAAGGACAUUGCAGUGGAGGAGGACCUCAGCAGCACCCCCCUGUUCAAAGACCUGCUAGCACUCAUGAGGCGUGAAUUCCAGAGAGAGGACAUUGCCCUUAAUUACCAAGAUGCUGAGGGGGACCUGGUUCGGCUGCUGUCAGAUGAGGAUGUGGGACUCAUGGUGAAGCAGGCCCAAGGCCUCCCCUCCCAGAAGCGCCUCUUCCCCUGGAAGCUGCACGUCACCCAGAAGGACAAUUACGGUGUCUACAACACCGUACCCUGAGUCACAGGGACCCAGUGGCAAGGAUGGGUACUCAGCAAAGGACCUUACCUUCCAAGAACAUGAAGACCCUCCAGGAGGCUGGCACAAGAUGCAAACCUCCUGGGCCAGAGUGCCCACUGGACAGGAUUCUACUUAAUUUUUGACACUUUACCUUUGGAUUAAAUAAACCAUUCUGUGUCAAAGG